AUGGAUAUGAGGUUCUACCCCGCGGCGGCCGGGGACCCCGCCGGCCUGGACUUCGCGCAGUGCCUGGGGUACUACGGCUACAGCAAGUUCGGAAAUAACAAUAACUACAUGAAUAUGGCUGAGGCAAGCAACGCCUUCUUUGCCGCCAGCGAGCAGACAUUCCACACACCAAGCCUCGGGGAUGAGGAGUUUGAAAUCCCCCCCAUCACGCCUCCUCCAGAGUCGGACCCCGCCCUGGGCAUUCCGGAUGCACUGCUACCCUUCCAAGGCCUCAGCGACCCCUUGCCUUCCCAGGGGAGUGAGUUCACGCCCCAGUUUCCUCCUCAGAGCCUGGAUCUACCCUCCAUCACAAUGGCCAGAAAUCUCGUGGACCAAGACGGGGUGCUCCACAGCAGUGGGUUGCACAUGGAUCAGAGCCACACACAAGUAUCACAGUACCGUCAGGACCCCUCCUUGAUCAUGCGGUCCAUCGUCCACAUGACCGAUGCAGCGCGCUCCGGGAUCAUGGCUCCUGCCCAGCUCACCACCAUCAACCAGUCUCAGCUCAGCGCCCAGCUGGGACUGAAUCUGGGAGGAAGCAGUUUGCCCCACACGUCCCCGUCACCGCCAGCGAGCAAAUCGGCAACCCCCUCCCCUUCCAGCUCCAUCAACGAAGAGGAUGGCGAGGAAUCCAGCAGAGCCAUCGGAGAGAAACGGGCGGCUCCGGAUUCUGGCAAGAAGCCCAAGACUCCAAAGAAAAAGAAAAAGAAAGAUCCCAACGAGCCCCAGAAGCCGGUGUCAGCAUAUGCCCUGUUUUUCAGAGACACACAGGCUGCAAUUAAAGGUCAAAACCCCAACGCAACCUUUGGAGAGGUCUCAAAAAUCGUCGCGUCCAUGUGGGACAGCCUCGGAGAGGAACAGAAGCAGGUGUAUAAGAGGAAAACGGAAGCUGCCAAAAAGGAAUACCUGAAGGCCCUGGCCGCGUACAGGGCCAGCCUGGUGUCGAAGGCGGCCGCCGAGUCAGCGGAAGCCCAGACCAUUCGCUCUGUCCAGCAGACCCUGGCGUCCACCAAUCUGACAUCCUCCCUCCUCCUCAGCCCUCCGCUGUCUCAGCACGGAGCAGUGUCAGCAGCACCUCAGACUCUGCAGCAGUCACUCCCUCGGUCCAUCGCUCCCAAGCCCUUAACCAUGAGACUGCCCAUGAACCAGAUUGUCACGUCAGUCACCAUUGCGGCCAACAUGCCAUCGAACAUUGGGGCCCCGCUGAUCAGCUCCCUGGGCACAGCCCUGGUGGGCUCGGCGUCCUCCACCCAGGUGAGCCCUUCUGUGCAGACCCAGCAGCAGCAGCUCCAGCUGCAGCAGCAGCAGACGCAGCAGCAGCAGAUGCAGCAGAUGCAGCAGCAGCAGCUCCAGCAGCACCAGAUGCAUCAGCAGAUCCAGCAGCAGAUGCAGCAGCAGCAUUUUCAGCACCACAUGCAGCAGCACCUGCAGCAGCAGCAGCAGCUGCAGCAGCAGAUCAGCCAACAGCAGCUGCAGCAGCAGCUCCAGCAGCAGCUCCAGCUGCAGCAGCUGCAGCACAUGCAGCACCCGUCUCAGCCUUCGCCUCGGCAGCACUCGCCCGUCGCCUCUCAGAUGACGUCCCCCGUCCCCGCCAUCGGGAGCCCCCAGCCGGCCUCCCAGCAGCACCAGUCGCAAAUACAGUCGCAGACACAGACUCAAGUGUUACCGCAGGUCAGUAUUUUCUGAAGACGCCCGCGGCAGGCGGAUGGGCGCGAGGAGGCGAGUGGAGGGUGAACCGUCUGCGGCCGAGACUCGUAAGUUGUGUUGGUUCCGCAGAAACGUGGAACAGAUCACAUGGUCCUCUGGAAUGUCUAUUAGAUAGGCAAUAAGAACCCCAGUGUAGCUGAGCACCCGCCGCUAGCUGACUCUAAACCACUUUGUUUUUAAACAAGAAAAGCUGUGCUCUUUUAUGUGAUGCCUUUUUUAUUUAUUCAGGCUAUACCUACAAUAUGUGAAUCAGUCCGUCUCAUGAACCCUGGACUGCACACUGGCCUGUCUGAGUCACAGGACACGGCCUUAUUUCUCCAGAAGUGAAUAAACGCACCCCCAGGCUAUGGGAACACGCGGACCCCGACAAUUAAAAGCACAGUUGUAACUGCCUGAAAUCGGAAGACCCCAGUUUCAUACAAACAUUUGUAUGACAUGAAUAGUCGAUGGCAUUUUUUUGUCAUGAAAAAAUAAUGUAAAUCACAGACUUUUGCCAAAGGUCUUAUUUUUUUUUUUUCCCUAAAUAUCUCCAGAAAAAAAAAAUGCAAGUGAUUACAUUCAAUUAUUGACUCAUUUCCACUUUUUACCCAUGACUUCUCCAAAGCCAACCACCAUAUAUGUCGUGACAGUAUCGAUGACCACUGUUAGCCCAUUAUAUCCAUUCCAAUUAGGGGGAAAGAAUGUGAAUAUUAUAUUCUGUGUUUUGAGUGACAAGUUUCGAAAAAUAAAAACACUGUAUUUUUAAAAGGGAAAUGAACUUAAAUGAAGACAGUUAUUACAAAAGUUAAGAUUUAAAAAAAAAAAAGCAAGAGUUUUUAUUAUGACGUAAUACUGGUAGAAUAUUUAAAAGGCGCACCACUUCUGAAUAAUCAAUGUAAAUAUUUUCUUUCAAAGUUGUAAGUUUUCAUAUCAUGUGUUGUAAAGUUUUCAUAAAUGAGGCUUUAACGUAAACACUGGUGACACGAGCCAUUCAUUGCUACGUUGCUUAUUGUGUUUUUAUGCUGUUUUAUACUUUUUUAUGAGUUAUGAUAGCAGCAAUUAAGUUGUUUGUAUUUUGCUUAACUAAAACAAAAAUGCUUUUAUCUUGCUAUAGAAUAAACACAUUUCAGUAAAAACUGUGGACUGUAUUUUGAUGCAACAACCAGGACACUGUUCACUUUUCAAAUAAAAUGCUGUGUCA